AUGGAGGUGCCCCAGUCGGAGCCCGCGCCGGACUCGGCUCUCGGUCCGGCCCGCGUGCGCGCUGGCGCCGAGCGUCCAGGCCAUCUCCCGGGCCUCCGGCUCGCCUCGCAUGGCUUCCUGGGGUCCCCGGAGCGCGCGGCCGCUUCCUCGCCGGUCACCACCCUCACCCGGACCAUGCACGACCUCGCCGGACUUGGCAGGGAGACCCCAAAUAGUCAGGUAGGGAGCCUGCUUUUCCGCAGCGGGCUGACAUGCCUAUCCCUGUCCCGGAGGACAUCUGAAUCCUCCCUGUCGUCUGAGUCUUCUGAAUCUUCUGAUGCAGGUCUCUGCAUGGAUUCCCCCAGCCCUAUGGACUCCCAGAUGGCAGAGCAGACGUUUGAACAGGCCAUCCAGGCAGUCAGCCGGGUCGUUCGGAACGAGCAGUUUGCCAUCAGACGCUUCCAGUCCAUGCCUGUGAGGCUCCUGGGCCACAGCCCUGUGCUGCGAAACAUCACCAACUCCCAAGUGACGCCAGACAGGUGGAGGAAGAGCGAGGCUGGUGGCAGAGCAGACAGCAGCUCUGGGGAGGACAAAGAGAAUGAUGGAUUUGUCUUCAAGAUGCCAUGGAACCCCACACACCCGAGCCCUGCCCAUGCUCUGGCAGAGUGGACCAGCCGCAGAGAAGCCUUUGCACAGAGGCCGAGCUCGGCCCCCGAUCUGAUGUGUCUCACCCCGGAGCGGAAGAUGGAAGUAAAGGAGCUGAGCCCCCUGGCCCGAUGCCGUUUGUCCCGGACCCCCACUGAGGGGGCUACUGAGGAAGAUGAUGGAUUUGUGGAUGUCCUGGAGAGUGACUUAAAGGAUGACGAUGCGGUACCCCCGGGCAUGGAGAGCCUCAUUAGCGCCCCACUGGUCAAGACCUUGGAAAAGGAUCAGGACCUCAUCAUGUACAGCAAGUGCCAGCGGCUCUUCCGCUCUCCAUCCAUGCCCUGCAGUGUGAUCCGGCCCAUCCUCAAGAGGCUGGAGCGGCCCCAGGACCGGGACAUGCCGGUACAGAACAAGCGGAGGAGGAGCGUGACCCCUCCGGAGGAGCAUCGGGAGCCUGAGGAACCUAAAGUCCGUGUCCUCCGUUCAAAGUCCCUGUGUCAUGAUGAGAUCGAGAACAUAUUGGACAGCGACCACCGAGAACUGAUUGGAGAUUACUCCAAGGCUUUCCUCCUACAGACUGUGGACGGAAAACACCAAGACCUCAAGUAUAUCUCACCAGAAACGAUGGUGGCCCUGUUGAUGGGCAAGUUCAGCAACAUCGUGGAGAAGUUUGUGAUUGUAGACUGCAGAUACCCGUAUGAGUAUGAAGGCGGGCACAUCAAGACUGCCGUGAACUUGCCCUUGGAACGAGAUGCUGAGAACUUCCUGCUGCAGAGCCCCAUCACUGCCCAUAGCCUAGACAAGAGAAUCAUCCUCAUCUUCCACUGUGAAUUCUCAUCCGAGCGUGGGCCCCGCAUGUGCCGUUUCAUUCGGGAACGAGACCGUGCUGCCAACGACUACCCCAGCCUCUACUAUCCGGAGAUGUACAUCCUCAAAGGCGGCUACAAGGAGUUCUUCCCACAGCACCCGAGCUUCUGUGAGCCCCAGGACUACCGGCCCAUGAACCACGAGGCCUUCAAGGACGAGCUGAAGACCUUCCGCCUGAAGACACGCAGCUGGGCGGGGGAGCGGAGCCGGCGGGAGCUCUGUAGCCGGCUGCAGGACCAGUGAAGGGCCAGCUCAGUCCUGCCACCUUCCUGGCCUUGUAGGGCCUGGGUGCCAACUGCCCUGUGGGCCUGCAGGGCUGAGGGCCUGCUGGAGGGCCCAGGUGCUGUCCAGGGGGAAAACGGCAUGGGUGUCCUGUCUGUCUUCCUCUAGCCCUGAUUCCCCUGUCUCAGUCCAGUCAUAUUCCAUAUUCUGGUGCCACCCCCACCCCCAGAAGAAAGCAGCCUGUUGAGUUAGUUAAGUUGGGUUAAUACCCCCUUAAAGGCAGUGUUUUGUGUCCAGCAGGAGCCUUUUUUUCUUCUUCCUUGUUUGGAUUAACCGUCUGUCUUCCUGUAUCCAAAAAUGCCCCUUUGUGUGUAUAUCAGCUGAGGCUGGGGGAGAGCCAUGGCCCCUGAGGAUGGGUUAGAGCUGAGCACCUCCCUGGCCUGGGAGUCAGCAUUCUGCACCUGUGCACGUCUCCGAGCCCCCUGCCCCACCUGCAAGAAUCAUGAGUGUGUCUGCCAUGUCACUCCUUUCUCUUUUCCUUGUUCCUGUCUCUCCCUACAAGCACCUCCAGCAUAAACAUAAGCUCUUCCUCUUUCCUGGUUCAGUGUUUACCUGCAUGCUUGAUUUGUUUGUCUGACUUUUGCCUGGCUCAGGGCACAUUCACAGGCUAUUUAGGCUCCCCCUGUCCAGUUGGGGUUAGAGACUCAAAAAUUCAUUACCCACGUGGCUCCAGCUUUUGUUGCCCUAGAAAGGGAUGUUAUUAUCCUUGGGGUCCCCAGGGCAAGGGCUAAGGCCUGAAUCAUGAGCCCCCUGGAAGCCCAGCCCCCACUGCUAUGAACCCUGGGGCCUGACUGGUAAGAAUCUGCUGCUGUCUUGUCGUGGGUGGCCAGAAGGACGGAUGGCCAUGGACGUGCAGUACCUUGCACACGUGUGCUCAAACUGAGAGGAAGCAUUCUGGUGAGCAUAACAGCCUGCGGCAGGAAUAUAUGUGUAUCUGUGCAGACAGAAAUCCUGUAAGGUUUGGAAAUACUCAAGAAGAAAUGUCAUGGAAGCAGCUAAGCCAAGGACGCAGCUAAGCCAAGGACCGAGCAACCUCUGCAUUCUGAACCUCAAGAUGUGGGAAGGGCUGUCCUGGAAGGUGCUGAUGAGUCAUCUGUUAGGGCCUUGGUUCAAUAAAGCACUGAGCAAGUUGAGUAA